UGGCGACGCUUUCAGUUACGUUUCGACGGCCAACGCGUCGAGUGCUCUUCUUUGCUCACGAAAGAGAAACACAAAACUGGCGAUAGCGAACAACAAAUAAUAGCUGGCUACUAGCUUAUCGUUCUCUCGCGGCUCUCUUCACUGUUUGUGUGUUGUCUGUGUUAGCGGUUAUGGCGCGUCGUGUGCGUGUGUGUUAGUGUGCCAGUUAAACAAUGAGAAAUUGAUUCACGCACCUAAAACAGCAAGAAAAACUCCAAAAGACAAAGAAGUGUUAAUCAAAAAAACAAAAAAUAUAAACUGCAAAUUUUUUAAACAUUUUUUUUCGUGUGCAACCGUAAACAAACCAAAGAAGUUAAAAAGAGAGGGAUAGCGAGAAAGAGCAAUCAAUUUGCAAGCAGGGGAAACUACUACUAAUACUGCAAAAACCAAAUCCAAAAAAAAAAACAACAACAAGAAAAAACAGCGAUAAAAAAUGGGUGAACUGCGAAAAUCGCUGCCGCUGAAUACAGUCGGCGUCUUUUUGGCGCUGCUCCUCUGCAGCUGCUCUUUAAUAGAACUGAGCCAAGCCCAGUCUCCCAUCCUGGAGAUUUUCCCCAAACAGGAGGUCCAGCGCAAGCCGGUUGGCAAGCCCCUGAUCCUCACCUGCAAACCCACAGUGCCCGAGACGUCCCUGGUUGCCGAUCUGCAAUGGAAGGAUAACCGAAACAACACCAUCCUGCCCAAGCCGAAUUACGAUCCACUGUAUGAUUCCAAGGGCAAUAGAAAGAAAGAGAAUGGACGCAACCCGCAGCCGAUGUACACGGAAACGUUGCCCGGCGAAAGUUUGGCCCUGAUGAUUACCUCGCUGUCGGUGGAAAUGGACGGAAAGUACUACUGCACCGCCUCCUAUGCAAAUACCGAGAUCCUCGAGAAGGGCGUCACAAUUAAAACUUACGUGGCCAUUACCUGGACAAAUGCCCCCGAGAAUCAGUAUCCCACUUUGGGCCAGGAUUAUGUGGUAAUGUGCGAAGUUAAGGCCGAUCCCAAUCCAACAAUUGACUGGCUACGCAACGGAGAUCCGAUCCGCACUACCAGUGACAAGUAUCUGGUUCAAACCAAUGGCCUGCUUAUCCGCAAUGUCCAGGAAAGUGACGAGGGCAUCUACACUUGCCGUGCUGCCGUUAUUGAGACUGGAGAACUAUUGGAACGUACCAUUCGCGUAGAGGUAUUCAUUAAGCCAGAGAUCGUGUCGCUGCCCACCAACCUGGAGGCCAUCGAGGGGAAACCAUUUGCUGCCAACUGCACAGCGAGAGGCAAACCAGUUCCGGAGAUCAGUUGGAUUCGCGAUGCUACACAACUGAACGUGGCCACCGCCGAUCGUUUUCAAGUGAAUCCACAAACUGGUCUGGUUACCAUUAGCUCUGUCAGCCAGGAUGAUUACGGCACCUAUACUUGUUUGGCCAAGAAUAAGGCCGGUGUGGUCGAUCAGAAGACCAAAUUGAAUGUCCUGGUUCGUCCGCAGAUCUAUGAGUUGUACAAUGUGACCGGUGCCAGGAACAAGGAAAUUGCAAUCACCUGCCGUGCUAAGGGACGUCCGGCACCGAUUAUUACCUUCCGUCGUUGGGGAACCCAGAAGGAGUUCACAACUGGAGAGCAAGAUGAUGAUCCACGCAUCCUAUUGGAUCCCAAUUACGAUGAGGAACGCGGCGAGAGCAGCGGCACCCUUCGCAUAGCCAAUGCCGAGCGUACCGACGAUGGACUGUAUCAGUGUAUUGCCCGUAAUAAGGGAGCCGAUGCCUAUAAGACCGGACACAUUACCGUUGAAUUUGCACCAGAUUUUAGUCACAUGAAGGAUCUGCCACCUGUAUUCUCCUGGGAACAGCGAAAGGCAAAUCUUAGUUGUCUGGCCAUGGGUAUCCCGAAUGCCACCAUUGAAUGGCAAUGGAAUGGAAUGAAGGUCAAGGAUAGGUUUGAUACCAAUCUAAAAAUCGUCGGAACAGGACCACGUAGCGAUUUGAUUGUCCAUCCAGUCACCAGGAACUACUACUCAGGAUACAAGUGCAUUGCGACCAAUAUCCAUGGUACCGCCGAACAUGAUAUCCAGCUGAAGGAGGCACGUGUGCCAGAUUUUGUUUCCGAAGCAAAGCCCAGCCAAUUGACAGCCACCACAAUGACCUUCGACAUUCGCGGUCCACCCACCGAAUUGGGUCUGCCCAUAUUGGCGUUUAGUGUACAGUACAAGGAGGCCUUGAAUCCUGACUGGUCGACGGCCUAUAAUCGCAGUUGGUCACCAGAUUCACCGUACAUUGUCGAGGGACUGCGACCACAGACGGAGUACAGUUUCCGUUUUGCCGCACGCAACCAGGUGGGAUUGGGCAAUUGGGGUGUCAAUCAGCAACAGUCAACGCCGCGUCGAUCGGCUCCCGAGGAGCCCAAGCCACUGCACUAUCCCAUCCAGCAAGACCAGGAGGAACCAGUGGUCGCCUCAACCUAUUCCGAUCACUUUGAGCUGCGCUGGGGUGUGCCCGCUGAUAAUGGAGAGCCCAUUGACAAGUACCAGAUCAAAUACUGCCCGGGCGUUAAGAUCAGUGGCACUUGGACGGAAUUGGAGAACUCCUGCAACACUGUCGAGGUGGUAGAGACCACAUCCUACGAGCUGAGCCAACUGGUGGGCAACACCUAUUACCGCAUCGAACUGAAGGCGCACAAUGCCAUCGGCUAUUCAUCGCCGGCAUCCAUUAUUAUGAAGACGACACGAGAUAAUCCCCACCCCUCGCCGAGUGGCGCUGCUGCACCCCUGGCCACCCAACUGCUUGCCCUUAGCGCUGCUCUGCUGCCGACAUUGCUACUGAUUUUGCUGCCGACGACGCGCACAGCUUAAACGACCUCAGCUGACGAUGCUUCUCCUGCUUCCACCCAUCAGCAAGCAGUGCUUGGAGGAUCCUUCCGAUGGCCGUUAUCAUGGGUUUUCCUUUCUCUAGUUUUCGUUCGGUGUGUCAAUGUGUAAAUAAUAAGAAACCCUAAUGAAAAAUUAAAAAAAAAAAAACAACUAAUAAAAUUAAACAUACAUCUAACUAGCAAGAAGAAGCGGACAUAAAUUACGUUAAAUGUGCUCAAGUAGAGAAUAUGAUCCAUAAUUAUAUCACUUAGGGCGGGUAACGAUUUCAUUAACUGUACAAAAAAAAAAAAGAAAAAAACAAAAUAAGAAAAACGAAAAUCUAUGAUAUAGUACCUAGUUCAAGAAACCUAAAGAAGAAAGACGAAAACGGAAUGCCAAAACCGAAACACAUGCUUAAUACAACUGAUAAAUUGUACUUAUAUGUAUCCUAUAUCCUAUGUCUAACCGCUAGAGACCUUGUUUAACCACUAAGCCAAAUGUUAUGUUGUUAUUUAGUUGUAUGUUGUGUAUAGCGAGAGCAUUUAUAGAACACAUUCCGAUUACGUACACCACCACCCGUUCGUUCCGCUUAGUUCAAUGUGAAUUUUUAACACACAACACUGCCAAGCGAUAAGAUGAAGGAAAUAAAAAAAAUAAAAAAAACCACAUAAGUAAACCAAAUUUAUAUAUGAGACGUUUUAGCGAAAUUCUACAAGAAGAAUAAACAAAUAUCAAGUGGAUACACGAGUACAAGAGUUACCCAUUUACACUCUAUACCUUACACCUAGAGUUAGCCAAAAAGCUUCUUCCAAAUACUGUUUCCAAGGCAGUUGCAAGCUACUAGCUGUUUAGUCGAGUCUCUGUUCUGUUUUGAGCGCCGCCUAAACGUUAAAGAGAGGGGACAAUAAGUAACUCUAACUAAGUUAAAGCGAUUACGAAUUUUUCCAACCAAAUGUGGGGGCUCACGAAUGUUUUAACCUUCUGUUGAUGAUAGUAAGCGAGCGAGUUUAGUAAGCUAAAACUAAAAUGCCACAACUCGAUCUAGACGAACCGAUAUUCCUGUAUACACGUUUUUUUUUAGCAAGCGAAAUCGAUUUUUCUAGCCAAAUAUAUAUAUCGUAAAUUAAAAACAGAAGAAAAAAUGAAAAUGAAAAUGGAAACAAAAAACGGAUAAAUAAAAUUUAUACCUUUACAAUAUCUAGUUAUACAUACGUAUACACAUAUAGUUAGUGAAUAAUUCAGCCCGCCUAACGUUGCUGAGAAGAGAGAUGGGGAAAGCGAUUUUUUUUAAAACGCCCUCGGGCAAGCAGUAGGAAUUUUCACUGUUCUCACAGAUCACAAUUAAAAACAGAAUGUCAUGAAUGUUGUAAGCAAAUGAAAAUAAAAACAACAUGAAAAACGAAAUCGUAAACGAAAACUAUAAAAAAAAAAAAAAAACGAAACGAAACGAAAAGAAAGCGCCUACCACUUAAGCAGUUCAUUUUGGGUAAUAAAGAGAAAACUUUAACAGAAACAGAAA